CCGUUGGUGUAAUUAGCAAUGUGGUGCAUGUUGACCUGAAGCGGUUCAUCCACUUAUGUGUUUAUGCUUUACUGAAGGACAGUAGCGAAACGAUGUCAAUCAACUUUAACAAACUGUUUAUUCAAGACGUCCUCAAGAGGCGUGGGUCGCACACUCUCGACCUAGCAGAAGGAAAUGAGGAAAUUGAAAAAUACGAGUGCGAGUAUGUUAGCGAUGAGGCUGACUACACGGGGUCGGAUAAUGGGGAAGAUAUGUGUGGCCAAACAGUGAAAGAGAAUCCCGUUGUUACGCUGACGACAAACUUACCGACGACUGGACAGUCACAGAAAUCCCGUCUCCUUGCUGCCAUUCGGGAUUUGCACGCUGCAGUUGAGAAGCAAACAGUUCUACGCAAGCAACUUGCUCAGCGAUCAGGACUUGAUUAUGAUGAUAUGAGUAGUAGUCUGGAUAACAGGAGAUAUCGUGUUUCUGAUCAAAUCACAGGAAGUAGUGUAACAACGGAAGAAGAACACAGACCAUCGAGUGAAGAGCUGACAAAACUCACAGUGAAUGAGGAUAAGACGGUGGGUGCAGAACUGAAGGUCAAGUCGAAGAAGAAACGAAUCCCGUCACUGUCCAAUUCAGUGGAUAGCGUCCCUCCCGCAAAUCAGCCAAGCAAUGACCUAUUAUCGUUCAAACGUUGUGAGAGACUCUCAAAGAAGAAAGAACAAGUGGUCGUGGAAGUUCGUGUAGUUUUUCUGAAGAUUGGCGAAAUCGACACACUGAAGGAGAUCUAUCACGCAGAUGCUUUUAUUCAGGCAAAAUGGCGUGAACCGCGGCUGGAUGGAAAAAGUGAGGAGGAACUUCGGAAAAUAGACCUUCAGCGAUGCUGGAAUCCUCUAAUUCUGAUUGAUAACAUCUUAAACGAGUCCAAAGACCAACACUGGAUCAACACGCAUACGGGAGACAACAACGAAAUAUAUAUUGUCGAACGUCGACGUCUGCGUGGCAUCUUUCUGGAAACUCUGGAAUUAAACGAUUUUCCUCUUGACGUACAGGACCUCACAAUCACACUGACAUCCGAGCGACCAGAUACGGAAGUUGCGCUUGUACCGGAUAAAAAUGAAUUGUGUGCGAUCAACGUUCAGACCCUUGUGGACCAACAGGAAUGGCGAUUGCACGAACAUAUUGAGGUCACCCGAAGAUCCGCCACGCAGGAGUACACCAACUCCAGUCAGCAUCACCCUUGCAUAUCAGUCACGUGUCGCGCGGCUCGACGACCUGGCUACUUCUACUGGAAUGUGUUUCUUAUUAUGUUCUUCAUCACCGGACUGUCUUUCGCAACAUUCGCAGUUCCACCAGAGCGACCGGAAAACCGUCUCCAACUUUCAUUCACUCUUUUCCUUACUUCAGUUGCAUUCAAAUUCGUAAUCAAUCAGUCACUGCCAAAAAUAUCUUAUCUGACAUAUAUGGACAAGUACGUUCUCAUGUCUCUUGCAAUCCUGUGCGUGGUGAGCAUUUGGCAUGCCGUGGUCACACUUAUUCCAACGGACGAAUGGAAGCCGGUCAGUGUGAGGUCGGAAACGACUACCGCGUUUGGCGAACAAAAUCCAAGCAACACAACUACAGGACUUGCCAAUCCACUGACUUUCACCCCCCUGCUUUUGUUUCGGCAGUCAGUGAAUAUGAGUGAUAAGCCGAUGGAAGGAAUAAAGGUAUGGGAUCCGAUAAACGUCACUCGCUUGAACAGAACCCAGAUUACCGAGGAAUUCGGCAACAUCAAUUCAACUAUUUCGAAAUUCAAAUUAGGCCCGAUUGACUGGCAAGCGCUUGCCAAACAAACAACCCAAGACGCAAAGACCCAACGCCGAUUAAAGCUCCGAAUAGAACAAGAGGUGUUCGCUUCCUUCUGUGUUCUCUACAUUCUGGCACAUUUGACCUUCAUAUUCUGGCUUUAUUUUG